UUAACUUCCAUUCCACUCCUCAACAAAGAAAAAAAAAAUUUAUUUGGCAAAAUGGCUUCCAUAAUUACAAUACCUUUGUCCAAAGCUAUGGUAUUUUUUCUUCUUCUCUUCUUUUUCAGUGUUCCAAGCUCCUCAGCCAGUAGAGAGCCAUUCGCUUGUGAUCCGACCGACAAAACGACGAGAGGAUUGCCGUUUUGCCGGACGUCAUUGCCAAUACAGGAGAGAGUGAAGGACUUGAUCGGACGACUGGCAUUGCAAGAGAAGGUGAGGCUUUUGGUCAACAAUGCGGCGGCUGUGACUAGGCUGGGAAUCAAAGGUUACGAGUGGUGGUCGGAGGCUCUUCAUGGGGUCUCCAAUGUGGGGCCCGGUUCCAAGUUUGGUGGGGACUUCCCUGGGGCCACUAGCUUCCCUCAAGUCAUCACCACCGCUGCUUCUUUCAAUGCCUCAUUGUGGGAAGCGAUCGGACGGGUAGUGUCAGACGAGGCAAGAGCAAUGUAUAAUGGGGGCGUGGCUGGCCUCACCUACUGGAGCCCAAAUGUAAAUAUAUUCAGAGACCCAAGGUGGGGCCGGGGACAGGAGACUCCCGGUGAGGAUCCGGUCGUCGUCGGCACAUACGCCGCUAGCUAUGUCAAGGGGCUACAGGGAAACGACGGUAACCGGUUGAAGGUUGCCGCUUGUUGCAAGCAUUUCACUGCUUAUGACCUCGAUAACUGGAAUGGAGUUGAUAGAUUUCAUUUUAACGCUAAGGUUAGCAAGCAGGACAUAGAGGACACAUUCGAUGUGCCAUUCAGGAUGUGUGUGAAGGAAGGAAAGGUAGCGAGUGUGAUGUGCUCCUACAAUCAGGUCAAUGGUGUCCCCACUUGUGCCGACCCUAAUCUCCUCAAGAAAACUGUACGUGGCAAAUGGCGUCUUGAUGGGUAUAUUGUGUCGGAUUGUGACUCGGUUGGGGUUUUCUACGAUACCCAGCAUUACACCACAACACCUGAAGAGGCAGCUGCUGACGCUAUUAAAGCAGGUUUGGAUUUGGAUUGUGGGCCUUUUCUGGCGGUGCACUCAGAGAAUGCAGUCAAAAGGGGGUUGUUGAACGAGGUUGAUAUCAGCAAUGCAUUGAGCAAUACACUAACUGUCCAAAUGAGGCUUGGGAUGUUUGAUGGAGAACCAUCGGCGCAGCCAUAUGGGAAUUUAGGCUCCAAGGAUGUGUGCACCCCUGCUCACCAAGAGCUGGCCCAUGAGGCAGCCAUACAGGGCAUUGUGCUUCUCAAGAAUCAAGGCCCUUCACUGCCUCUAUCCGCCCGCCGCCACCGCACUGUCGCUGUCAUUGGCCCUAAUUCUGAUGCGAAUGUCACUAUGAUCGGAAACUAUGCUGGUGUUGCAUGCGCCUACACAACUCCCCUGCAAGGGAUAUCAAGAUAUACAAGAACAAUCCACCAGCAAGGUUGUGCUGACGUCGAUUGCAAAGGAGACCAGCUUUUCAAUGCCGCUAUUGAUGCGGCCCGUCAAGCGGACGCCACGGUAUUGGUUAUGGGCCUGGACCAGUCCAUCGAAGCCGAGUUCAGAGACCGAGCCGGACUACUUCUACCUGGACGCCAGCAAGAGCUCGUUUCCAAGGUCGCUGCAGCAUCCAAAGGCCCAAUCAUACUGGUCUUGAUGUCUGGAGGCCCAAUUGACGUGUCGUUCGCCAAAAACGACAGACGUAUCAGUGGCAUUUUAUGGGCUGGUUAUCCGGGCCAAGCCGGAGGGGCAGCCGUUGCUGAUGUCUUGUUUGGAAAGAGUAACCCAGGUGGAAAGCUACCAAUGACAUGGUACCCACAAGACUACAUUUCCAAUCUGCCAAUGACAGCCAUGGACAUGAGAUCAAGCCCAUCGAAGAACUACCCAGGAAGGACUUACCGUUUCUACAAAGGCCCAGUAGUGUACCCAUUCGGCUACGGGCUCAGCUACUCCAAAUUCGUUCACUCCAUAGCCGAGGCCCCAACAGUGUUCUCAGUCCCCAUCGACGGCCAUCGCAAGGCCCAAAACACAUCCACCAUUUCAAACAAGGCAAUCAGGGUGACCCACACCAGGUGCAACAGGCUCUCGCUGGGACUCCACGUGGACGUAAAAAACGUGGGGUCCCGAGAUGGGUCCCACACCCUGCUCGUGUUCUCGACCCCACCUACGGAGAAUGGCCACUGGGCCCCACUCAAACAGCUUGUGGCCUUCCAGAAGGUCCGAGUGGCCGCCGGGUCACAGCAGCGAGUCAGAAUUAGUAUUCAUGUUUGCAAGUACUUGAGCGUGGUGGACAGGUCUGGAAUCAGAAGGCUUCCGAUGGGGGAACACAAUAUUCACAUUGGGGACGCCAGGCAUUCGGUGUCGCUCCAAGCUGCUACCUUGGGAGUGAUUAAGUCAUGAUUUUUACAUUUUAUCGACACAAUUUUAAACCGUCAUAUUAAAUUUCAAUAGAUAAAAUGAAUUUAAUGUGACGGGGUGGUAUAAAAAUCAGAAAAACAGAACGUCAAUAUUGUUAGCCAUACUACCAUAAUGAGAGUAAAGAAGUAGAAACUAGAGGAUUGCAAAAAAGAAGAAAUGCUCCUAAUUGGAAAGCGCUUCUGAUUGA